AUGCCAGAAAAAGAAGAAACUGCAAGAAGAAAGAAGGAAUCGAUUGUUGACUUAUCACGAUUUAUUGAUAAGAAAGUGCGUGUGAAGUUUCAGGGAGGUCGAGAAGCAUCUGGAAUAUUGAAAGGUUAUGAUGCUUUAAUCAAUUUAGUGUUGGAUAAUGCUGUAGAAUAUGUGCGGGACACAGAAGAUCCACAAAAAAUGACAGAGGAAACGAGGCAACUGGGUUUGAUUGUUGCUCGAGGAACUGCAAUAACAGUUGUUGCACCAAACGAUGGAAUUGAACAGAUUGCCAAUCCUUUCGUAUGA